GGAGGCCUCUUCGGCGCCGCGCCUGCGGCCGCGGGCGGUGGCCUCUUCGGCGCCGCGCCCGCGGCGGGCGGGGGCCUCUUCGGGGGCGGCGGCGUGGCGGGCGCGCCGGGGACCACGACGAAGUUCCAGGUCGUCACGGACCAGGAGACGAAGCUCCGCUACGCGCACAUAGGCGUGAUGGAUUGCUACAAGAACAAGUCCUUCGAGGAGCUGAGGAUGGAAGACUACGCGGCGCAGCGCCUUGCAGCGGGUCAGGGCCAGCCAGCAGCGGCGCCUGCGGCGGGAGGCCUGUUCGGGGCUCCGCAAGCGACUGGAGGAGGCCUCUUCGGGGCGGCGCAGCCGACAGGAGGCGGCUUGUUCGGCGCUGCCAACACAGGUGGCGGCCUCUUCGGCGCGGCGCCCGCCAGCGGCGGCCUGUUCGGCGCAGCCAGCACGGGAGGUGGCCUCUUCGGCGCGGCGCCCACUGGCGGCGGCCUGUUCGGGGCAGCGACCACUGGCGGCGGCCUGUUCGGCGCGGCGCCCGCAGCCAACACCGGCGGUGGCCUCUUCGGCGCGGCGCCCGCCGGCGGCGGCCUGUUCGGGGCAGCAGCCGACCACGGGCGGUGGCCUCUUCGGCGCGGCGCCCGCCAGCGGCGGCUUGUUCGGGGCAGCAGCGACCACUGGCGGUGGGCUCUUUGGCGCGGCGCCCGCCGCCGGGGGAGGCCUGUUCGGCGCAGCCAACACGGGGGGGGGCCUCUUCGGCGCGGCGCCCGCUGGCGGCGGCCUGUUCGGGGCAGCAGCGACCACGGGCGGUGGCCUCUUCGGCGGCGGAGCGGCCGCCACUGGAGGUGGCCUCUUCGGGGCGGCGCCCGCUGGCGGCGGCCUGUUCGGGGCAGCGGCGACCACGGGCGGUGGCCUCUUCGGCGCGGCGCCCGCCGGCGGCGGCCUGUUCGGCGCAGCCAACACGGGCGGUGGCCUCUUCGGCGCGGCGCCCGCCGGCGGCGGCCUGUUCGGGGCAGCAGCGACCAGUGGCGGUGGGCUGUUCGGUGCGAAGCCCACUGGCGGCGGCCUCUUCGGCGCGGCGCCCGCCGGUGGCGGCCUGUUCGGCGCAGCGAACACGGGAGGCGGCCUCUUCGGCGCGGCGCCCGCCGGCGGCGGCCUGUUCGGUGCGCAGACCACCGGCGGUGGUGGAUUCGGCGCCAAUACAGGGGGAGGCCUGUUCGGCGCGAAGCCCUCCAGCGGCGGCCUCUUCGGCGCGGCGCCCGCCGGCGGCGGCCUCUUCGGCGCCAACACCGGCGGCGGCCUUUUCGGUGCCAACACCGGCGGCGGCCUCUUCGGCGCCAACACCGGCGGCGGCCUCUUCGGCGCCAACACGGGAGGCGGCCUCUUCGGCGCCAACACGGGAGGCGGCCUGUUCGGUGCCAACACGGGAGGCGGCCUCUUCGGAGGCGCCAGCGGCGGCGGCGGCCUGUUCGGUGCCAACACGGGCGGCGGCCUCUUCGGCGCCAACACCGGCGGGGGCCUGUUCGGCGGCGCUGGUGCUGGGCAGGCCCAGCAACAGCAGAUGCAGCAGCUGCAGCAGCUGCUGGCCGCCGCUGGCUCGGCCGGGGACGCCUACGGCCUCGGAGGCCUCGUGACGGCGAACCAGAUGCCGCCCCGCCCGCGGUUGCGGAUUCUCAUCCUGGCCCAG